AAGCAAGAGAAGAAAGAGAAGAGAACAUAACAGACUGUGUUGCUAGAGAGAGAGGUUGAAUAUUCUUAAGAGGGAGGGAGUGAGAGAGAGAGAGAAAGAGGGAAGUCGUCGAAAAUGGCGCUUUACAUCGAUGAGGAGGAGGUGUGGAAAUGUCCAAAACACCCCUCGAAGCGACGCCGUACAGGAAUCUGUCACGUGUGCCUCCGUGAGCGACUCUCCUCCCUCUGCCCGGACUGCGCUAACGUACGUCCCUGUUCUUGCUACUCAAUCACCACAACUUCCUCGAGCUCGUCGUCUUUCUCCUUCUCUCGCUUCUCGGCCUCCGAUUCCUUUGCCUCAGGAACCGGAACUGUCGGUCGCGUAUCCAAUCUGAUAGACACGGAGCCUUCUUUCCGUCGGUCGAGGUCACUAGCAAUUCCGUUUCUCCGUGCAAAACCGCCGGUUGAUCCUGAUUGCUCUGUCCGGAGAGAAAGCCCAAAGCCGACAUCGCCGUUUUGGUCACUGUUCAGAAGUAGUAAUAGUAACGGUAACCGGAGUAAGAGAAGCGAUAUGGAGAGGAACUUCACUAUAGUAGAACAUGAAGAUGCGAAAAAGAAGAAGGAUGAGGAUGAGAGGAAGAGGAUGAUGAGGAAAUCGAGGUCUAUGGCGGUUGAUGUGACGUCAGAUUCCGGUGUUGCUGACGUAAAAUCAUCCAAAGGGAAGGGCUGGUAUUUCCCGAGUCCGAUCAAGGCUUUCAAGCAAUCGAUAUCAAGGGGAAUAAUGGUACAAGAAAGAUCGCCUUUGUAUAGAAAUUAAUUUUGGUAUAUAUUACAAUAUAUAUAUAUAUAUAAUUAACUCAUAAAGAGACUAAUAAUUCAUAUUUCUUUUUCAUGUUUCUUUUCUGGGAAAGUAAUGCUUGAGAAAAGAAAAUGAUUUGAUUUUCUA